GAAGCUAUUAUUGCUGUCACAGCACUGACAAAGCAACUUUGCAGUACUAUUAUCUUAGUUUAAACAUGGCAAGUUCUUCUGUAAAACAACAAUUAUUAGGUGCUGGAGAUCUUGUUAAAGUUCUUGAUUUAUUGAAGGACCAUGGUUAUGCUGGUGUUGAUUAUUAUGAUCUUGGUCUCCAACUGGGUCUGCUUCCUCGUACACUUGAUAUUAUUAAUCAGAAUAAUCGUGGAGAUGUUAAUGGUGGUCUAAUAGAGUGUUUGAAUGCAUGGUUGAAGCAAAAUGAUGAUGUAAAAAGUAAAGGUGGCCCAACUUAUGAUUCACUAAUACAAGCUUUGAGGAAGAUGAGAGAGAAUGCUGUAGCUGAUGGGAUCAAUGAAAAUUGUGGCACUAUGGCUCAGCAAGCACCUGCAAACCUGGUCUCACCAUCAGUACCAUCUUCCAAGGUUGUAGAUAAAGAAAAAGCAAAAAAAGUGUUACGUAAAAACUUUGAUAAGCUUUCUGCUAUCCUGGCAGCUCCAAAUAACCUUUCACCCAUCAUCAUGAGUUUGUAUGCUAAAGAACUAAUUACUGAUGCAACUUCCACGGAAUGUAUGAAUGCUGGCAGACCAGUACAUGAUAGAUGUGCUUCACUAUUGUUUGCUCUUAGAGCUACCAUUGAUCGGAAACCUCAGGCAAUGAUAGCUUUAAUUGAAGUAUUAAAAAAUAAUGAAGCAUUCAAAGAUGUUGCUAAGGAAAUGGAACUGUCAUUGUAUUGAAAACUAUUUUUUCUUGAGCUUUAUUUUAGUAAUUUUAGAGCUACUUUUGUGUUAUUAUUUUAUUUUUGCUAAGCAUAUAGGGCAUGCAUAGCCUGACCAUAGUUGUGGCAUAGAUACUUAAUAUUAUUAUACCCUUUAAAAUAAAUGAAAAGUAGAAUGAAUUAAAAAC